GCUCCGCUAGCUAGCAACAACGCCGUUAGCAUCAUCGGCUGGCGCGGCGCGGCGCGGCGAGACUGGACCUUGCCCUCGGUGUUCGCUUGGGCACUAAAAGCGUGACAUUGUUGAGUCGGAGCGGGCAGAACUGGGCUGGCUCUCCGAGGCUUUUUGUUCUCUUCCGAGGAGCUGGCGUGAUGUUAGGAAACGGUGACCACGCCGAUCAUGAUGCAGUGACUAGCUAGGACGAGAACGACGCGCGACUCCAGCAGCAGCAGCAGCAGCAGCGUGUGAGACGUGUGUUUUGGGACACACGCUGGGUGGAUGCGUAUGGGUGUGCACCUCCCCUGAAGGCACGUUCAACACUCCGGUCUGAUGGAGAAGAGGGACCGAAAGCCAGGAUACUUUGCCAGGCUGAAGAGGCGGAGACAGCUCAAGCAGAGCCAACUGGACAAAGCCGCCAAUGAGCGCGGCGCGGCCGUCAUCGCCUGUCCGGACCCCGAAGCCAACAAGAAGGCCGGCCCGCCGAGGACGACGGCCGCCGGCUCAGCCGACGUGUGUAAAAGUAAGAACCCGGCAAAGCGGGAGAAGAGGAGACCGCCGGGGACUGUGGAGUUUAUCGCGGGACCCGACGAUUCCCUCAACAGCAUCGCCCUCAACUUCAACGUCACCCCAAACAAGCUGGUCCAGCUCAACAAGCUCUUCUGCCACAGCGUCUACCCCGGUCAGAAGCUGUUUGUCCCUGACGUGAGCGGGACAGAAUUCAAGUCUCAGACUGACUCGGAUCCGUCGCUCACAAAUGGUUCCUCCGUGGAGACGGCUCGAGACGGGAGUCCGGAGCCCACGUCGGCGCUCUCCAUCCGGCGUCAGCUCUCCCCAAAUUCCGAGGACGACAGCCCGGCGACGGUUCAAUUCAUCAAAAUGAGCUGCAAGUACUUCACUGAUGGAAUGGGGGUGGUGGGCGGCGUCCUGAUCGUGACCCCCAACAACAUCAUGUUCGACCCGCACAAGUCGGACCCGCUGGUCAUCGAGCACGGCUGCGAGGAGUACGGCCUGAUCUGCCCCAUGGAGGAGGUGGUCUCCGUGGCGCUCUACGACGACGUGUCGCGCAUGAAGCUGAAGGACGCGCUGCCGUCCGACCUACCGCGGGAUCUGUGUCCUGUCUACAGGCCCGGCGAGUGGGAGCAGCUGCCCUCGGAGCGGGACCUGAACCCCUUCAGCCGCUACGAAGCGCUGGACGCCAAGCGGCCCAUCAUCCUGGACGACCUGGAGUCGGCCCUCUCGGAAACGGUCAGCACGGAAGGAGAGCAGACCGACAAGUCUCCCUCGGACGAAGGCUUCACCGAGCUGGAGCCCACCGUCAACGGGAGCGCGGAAGAAGCGGAGGGAACCUGCUCGAAAACGCCAGACAGCGCCCGAAGAGCCCGAGGCGAGGGGGGCGCCCGGGACAGGUCGCCGCUUUGCCGGACUGAAGGGAAGCCGGAUGACGACGAGGACGAAGGCUUGGCCCAGAACAGCUCCGUUGAAGACGGGGAGUCCGUCCGCUCGUCGUCGGAGACGGCCGGCGUGCGCGAAGAACCCGCGAGCAAAGUCGGCGAGCUGCGAAAGCGCCAGGACGGAGAGACGGGACCGACGCCCGACGGCUACGACGCCGAGGUCAAGUCGUGGCUGAUGGAGAGGGUUCAGGCUCCGAUCGAAGACAUGCUUUUCUCCUCCGAGGAGAAGAGCAAGAACCCGCCCAUGUUCCUCUGCUUCCGCGUGGGAAAACCAAUGAGGAAGUCCUUCGCCAGCGGGAGGACGUCCAGCCCGGCGCACUCCUUGGGGAGCGUGGGGAAGCAACCCGAGUACUGGUUUGCCGUCCCGCAGGAGAGAGUGGACCACCUGUACGCCUUUUUCGUCCAGUGGUCUCCCGACGUCUACGGCAAGGAGGCCCGCGAGCAAGGCUUCGUGGUGGUGGAGAAGGACGAGCUGGACAUGAUCGACAAUUUCUUCGGCGACCCCGCCUCGUGCAGCUGGGAGAUCAUCACAAUCGACGAGGCCAAGCGGAGGCAGAGUUUCGGCAGCUGCGACGGCGAAGCGGCAGCGGACGGCUUGCCCAUAUUGAGCGACGCCAGCAGCCUGCUGCAGGACACUCACGUGGAGAAGAAGCAGAAGAAUGCUGAAUGGAAAAUAAGCAUCUUUAUUUGGCACGUGAGCGUUUGCCCCGCCCGCCCCGCAGCUGGCCUGCCGCUUGCCGGCCCGCGUGCAGGGUUACCCGUGGCGGCUGGCGUACAGCACGGUCAGGGACGGCACCAGCCUCAAGACGCUCUACCGGAACCUGCUCGACGUGGACGCUCCGGUCCUGCUGGUCGUCAAGGAUCUGGACCGCCAGAUCUUCGGGGCCUUCUCCACGCAUCCCUUCAAAAUAAGCGAGCACUGCUACGGCACCGGCGAGACCUUCCUCUACAGCUUCUGUCCCGAGAUCAAGGUGUACCGCUGGACGGGAGACAACUCCUACUUUGUCAAAGGCAACAUCGACUCGCUGCAGAUGGGAGGAGGCGGCGGUCAACUGGGUCUGUGGCUGGACGCCGAGCUGUACCGGGGCACCACCACCAGAUGCGCCACCUUCGACAACCAGCCGCUGUCGGCCCGCCGGGACUUCAACAUCCACAGUCUGGAGGUGUGGACCUUCGAGUAGCUCGCAGACGUCGGAACGUUUCGUGAGCUGCCUGCCGGCCGGCUGGCUGGCGACGCGGCGCAGUGUCGUGAAGAGGAAACGUGUGGAGCUCCUCGGAAGGACGAGGUGCCCCCACCAGAACUUUAGGUCAAACUAGUCUUUCCCUUUCCCCUUCGUCAAGACGAGGGACGUUUUUCACUUUUGGAAAAACUGUACGGCGCACCACCGGAUAGUUACCAAAAAAUCGAAGAUGAAAGCGUAUGUGCUGAAUAUUGCAGGCGUGCACGUUCACAAAUCCCGAUUAGUGGGGGGGGGGGGAUUGAACACACGGAAAUUUCUUCAAUAGUUUACCCGUCACAUUGUCUGUGGUUCAAAAGAAAUCUUCAAAAUGUGCAAAUGAAGCGGUGGUGUCAAAGUCAAACGGAUUCUUUUUGACGGUGUUUGGGAAUCACGGUUUGAACUAAAGGCUGGCAACGAACUCCGCAGCAAGUGUGGAAGUUUAGCGUCACAAGUUGACAUUUGUCCUUUUCACUUUGAAAUUUGUUGAACGAUUGUUUACAAAUUGUGCACUUGCUCUCAUUGUGAGCCCGUUAACUUUAUUUCACAGUUUCUAAGCGCCACAAUUUUUUUCGCUGACCAAAUAUUUUUCCAUUUGUUAUAUUUUAUAUGAUUUCAAGUUUUGGUUUACAUUUUGAUGAGCAAUGCUAUUUUUUUACGCUUGUACUUUUAUAGUGCUUUACCAUUGUAUAAUAUAUAUUUUGUGGAGUAAUGCAAGCUAACAAGCACUAUACAAAGAUUUUUUUGUUUUUCUUCCCUGUUUUUUGGUCAUCGAAGGCGUUAAAAGAUUAGAGAGAAGAACGAUCACUGACUUGUCACUUUGCACUAGACUGAGAAUUAAAAGGCAUGUCAAGCAA